AUGCGUUUCGACAUCACCGCCAUCCUUGCCUCACUGGCCCUAACCGCAUCUGCAGACCGCAUGGAGGUUUUUACCACCUGCGCCGGCUUUUCAUGCAGGAGUAACGAUGCAUGGUUCUACACCGACUACGGCACCUAUAGGGUCGAUGCCGACAAGGGCUGCAGGGGUACUUCAGUUCCUGCGAUGGUUGAGUUCUGCGUGGACUGGGACAACAGACGUGCGCAUUUCAGGUUCUCUGGCCAGGGAAAGCGCUGCAUGAUUCAGGACUCAGAGAGCGCUUAUGGCUGUGCUGCUACAUGCUACAAGACGACCUGGAGGGAGAUUCCGUGCAACUGGCGCAUGGUCUCUGAGGAGGAUCCUGCGACAGAGAUUGCGUCUUCGGCUUUUGUCACUACAACCAAGGCGGCUGGGAACUAG